AUGGGGGCUCAGACGUCCAAAUCGGCGAACGAGGGCGAUGCAGAGCGUACACCGCUAUUGACGGACCCGCAGAUAGAUGGGAUCGAUCAACCAGCGGGUCUGAUCAAAAGACCUGGGAGAUGGCUGGCUAGAAACGCUGUGGUUGUGUCCAUGAGCUUGUUGAUUUUGGGUGUAAUUGGCGUCCUAUGCCUCUUCUUUAGAGCUUACAAGUCUGGCAAAGCAGCCGUUUGCUUAACUCCUGCAUGUGUGCACGCUUCCUCCGAAAUCCUAUAUAACCUCUCCCCGGACUAUAAAUCGAUUGACCCGUGUAAUAACUUUGAGGAACUCGUCUGUGGAGGAUGGGAUGAGCGUCACGACCUCCGCCCAGACCAGGGCGAUGCAUUCACCGGUACUAUCAUGAGCGAGAACUCGCAAAUGCUGCUGAGGCAUAUACUGGAAGCCCCAUAUCCAGGUGACUCGAAGCACUCGAGUUUCUCUCCGGCCCGCCUCGUCGAAACCCUUUCCUCCGUUGAUCAGCAGAACUUCAAUACGCUACGAGAUGCAUACAAUGCCUGCAUGGAUGAAGAGACUAUUAAAAAGGCUGGCGUAAGCCCGCUCAUCGAAAUUCUCCACAAGGUAGCCGAGCUAUAUCCCGCUCAAGGAUCAAUAAAUCGAGGCACCUCCCCCGUAUCUCGGCAGGACGACAAAAGCUUGUCCGACACUGUCCUUUUCCUAGCUAGACUUGGUGUUUCAUCUUUAGUCUCAUUUGGCGCUGGGGCGGAUGACAAGGACCCGGAUACUGUCGUAGUUGUUGCAUCCCCUCCAUGGCGCAUCGGCCUUCCUGCGAAAGAUUAUUACUCAGAUGACGACGUCGUAAAAAGAUAUGAAGACACUCUUGUAAAUAUCAUUGAUCAACUCCACCCUGAUCUCCAGGAUGAUAAACAGGACAAAAUUGCUGCAAGUUCCCAGGCCAAGAAGUUCGCGCAUGCAGUCGUCGAAUUCGAGAAGAAGCUUGCGGCAGCAUCCCCCGAUGCUGAGGAUAGGGACGAUGUUACCCAAUAUUACAAUCCUAUGUCUCUUAAGGACGCCGAGCUACUUACACCGCAGGUUCAACUUGGACAUAUUAUAAACAGUCUAGCGCCUUCAGACGUCACCACUCAACGCCUCAUAGUUUCGUCUCCCGAUUAUAUGAAAAAUCUCACAUCUACUCUAAAAGAUACGUCGAAGGACGUGUUGCAGACGUACUUUAUAUGGAAAACCAUCCAAGCUUUUGCUUCGGACAUAGAAGCGGAUGAACUCAAGGCCUAUAGUAGAUUCACAAACGAGUUGCAAGGCAAGGAUCCUGAUUCGACCCCCGAGCGCUGGCGAUCCUGUGUCAGUCACGUUGAUGGCGGACUGGGCUGGAUUUUGAGCCGUUUUUUUGUCGAGAAAGCCUUUUCGGAGAAAGCUAAGGAGUUUGGUGAUCAGAUCGUGUCCGAUAUCAAGGAUAGGUUUAUAGAGAAGCUGAGGGUUACUACUUGGAUGGACCAAAGCGUCAUUGAGCUGGCUAUUGAGAAGGUCCACAAAAUCGUCCAAAAGAUUGGAUAUCCAACCAAGAGCCCAAAUAUACUAGACCCAUCGAAUCUGCAAGAUUAUUAUCGUUCGGUCAAUAUUAGCCCCUCUACUUUCUUUCAGAAUGCGCUCUCAAUGGACCAAUUUGAAGUUGCACGGGAAUGGUCCGCUCUUGGCAAGCCAGUCGAUCGCGACGAAUGGGGAAUGACGGUCCCCACAGUGAACGCCUAUUACAACCCGCCAGGAAAUGAGAUUGUCUUCCCAGCUGGUAUCAUGCAAUUCCCGGUUUUCGAUGUAGAAGUACCACAAUAUCUAAGCUACGGUGCAUUUGGCUCGGUCUCCGGACAUGAGCUUUCUCAUGCCUUCGAUUCUACAGGUCGCCAUUAUGACCAAAAUGGGAAUUACACGGAUUGGUGGACAAACAGCACAGUGGCAGGCUUCGAAGAACGAGCUGAUUGUUUCAUCGAUCAAUAUAGCAAGUUCACCGUUCCAGGACCAGACGGCAAACCGUUACACGUCAAUGGACGCCUAACCCUCGGCGAGAACAUUGCUGAUGCCGGCGGCAUCACAGCAGCCUUUGCAGCUUGGAAGAAACGUCAGGCUGAAACGCCCAAUGAGGAUCUCCCAGGGCUAGAUCACUUUUCUCAAGAACAACUUUUCUUCGUCAGCUAUGGGAAUUGGUGGUGUGGGAAGAGCAGGAAGGAGACGGCGAUAAAUCGCAUCUAUACUGAUCCACAUGCGCCCAAGUGGGCUAGAAUUCUUGGGACGAUGGCCAACUCGAGGGAUUUUAAGGAGAGCUUUGGAUGUGCUGUGAAAGAACCUGUUUGUGAGAUCUGGUAG